UGUUGUACUGAGUGUACACGCGCCCGUGUCAUGUGACCACGUACACAGGCGGCGCGUCGCCUAGCAACCACGCAGCGUGCAGUACGGGACCGGGAAGUGGCUCACACACAGUAGUAGUAUAGGCUGAUACCCGGGUCCCAGGUCUCUCCGUGUGCCAGCCUCACGUAGAUUUUGCCACUGUCCCCUCUCCUCCGUGUGGGGGAGGAGGCGGCGGUGCGGCCGGGAAGAUGCGUGGUGGCAGUGCUCCAUGGCCGACGCUCCGUUGGGUGACCACGCUCCUGUGUGCGCUGUGCGCCUUCACCUGUCUCCCCAGUGCGCAGCCCUUCACGGGCCACACCUCCGCCGCCACAGCGCCCCCCAUUGGUAUCAGCGGACCGCAGCCCCCAGUCGGAGUCAGCAGGAACGGCUCCGGUGUCCCCAACGGAGACUUGUCCUCCACAGCAGCAGCACCCCUCAUACCCAAACCGCAGACGCAGCGUGCCCUGAUCGUCCUGGUGCUGGUCAGCGCAUUGGUCAUCAUCUACUUUGUGAUCAGGACCAUCAGAACAAGACGAAAAAAUAAGAAGACCAGAAAAUAUGGCGUACUGGACACAAAUAUUGGAAAUAUGGAGCUAACUCCCUUGGACCAGGAGGAUAUAGAUGAUGAUACUUUGUUUGAUGCCAAUCAUCCUCGCCGAUAAUCCGGUGCCUUUUAUUGUAAGCUGUUUUAAAACAAAGAAACAAGUCUGCUUGACAAAGAACACUACACUGCUUAUUUUGUACAUACUUUGUAGCAUUGUCUUGAAAAUGUAAUUCACCAUUUGUUCAUUAAAAGUUUUGUUUAAGAGCAGUAUUCUAUUCUGUUGGCUUCUUUACUGUGAUGUUUUAUUUGUUUUUUCUUUUUUCUCCUGCCUAAUGUAAACUUUUGUAUGGAUAUAAAUUGUUAUACUUUUGCGAUAUCCCUUGUCAAAAAAAUUGUAUUCAUUUGCAAAUUACAUUGAAUUAAUAUUUUAUUGUAAAUAGGAACAAUAAAAUGCUAAAGUGAUCUGUAGUGGGGUUUUUUUAUAUCCACCAUCCCAUGAGGUUUACUUGUGAUGUUAUUGGUGUUACCACGUGGUGAGUUUUAUGGUCCACAAUAUUUACUCUGGGCCUUAUAAUAUUUUAUUUAUCAUCAGUUAAUUAUAUAGUGCACACAUAUUCCACAGUGCUGUACAGAGAAUAUCUGGCCAUUCACAACGGUAUCUGAUCUAUAGAUCUACAUUAAAAUGGUCUACAGUCAAUAGGACUACCACUAAUGGUAGACAUGCAUUAGGUCAAAAGGGUCAAAUGGUCGACAUGUAAAAGGUAGACAGUUCGACAGGGUCAAAAGGUCGACAUGGCAAUGGUCGACACACAUAUGAUAGUCUCACACUUUUUUUUUUUUUUACAUUUUAUUCAACUUUUUCAUUUUACCAUCCACGUGGACUGUGACUGGGAAUAGUAGCCUGAAGCAUGGCGAGUGAAGCAAGCCAUGUGAGGGCACGCAGGACACUAAUAGGGGUGGUUUGUGGCAGAAAAAUGACAAAACGCCCCAAAAAAAUGGUGUCUACCUUUUUUUGGGCCGACCAUUUCCAUGUUGACCUUUUGACCCUGUCGACCUAAUGCAUGUCUACCAUUAGUGGUAGACCUGUUGACUGUAGACCUUUUUAGUGUAGAUCUAAUAAUCCACACACAUUCACAACAGUCCCUGCCCCUGUGUAGCUUACAAUCCAUAUUCCCUACAACAUGCAUACACCCCUUCACAGUAGGUUUUUGUCAGCAGCCAAUUAAUGUACCAGUAUAUUUUUGGAGUGUGGGAGAAAACCGGAGUACCCAGUGGAAGCCCAGAAAAGCAUGGGGAGAACUCCACACAGUUGGGGCUGUACUCAGUGCUGUGAGGCGGUAAAGCUAACAUUACACCAUCUGUGCUGCCCUAUGUGGUUUCUCCUGUAUUAAACAUCUUCACGCCUUUAGGUGUCCCAGUGUUCUACCAAGGGUCAGAUUAAAAGAUCUAGAGUAAACUGAAAAGCUUUCCACUGCAUAAUAUACAAUAAAGAUGUUCUUAAAACAGAAUUCAUAAUUUAAUAUACUACUUUCCUCCCAGCUAGAAGCACCAUGUGAUCUGGUUGUAGGAUACAGAUCAUUUAUAAAAUACAAUUAGGAUCUGUCAGUCCGACAUUUAUUCUGUUGGAUUCCAAUAUAAUGGAAUGUUACAAUUUUAGGUUUGCAGUUAAGUGCAGUGAGAGUUACAGAUUUUCUAACAUUACGUCUUUUGCGUGUGCACAAAAAUGUAUCAAUUCAACUAUGGUUCUCUGGCUGUAAUUUCCAUUUUACAAUGUAUAUUUAAUAAUAAUUUAGCACAUAUAGUUAAGAUGUGUGACCAUAGUUUUCAACACAGAAAUUAGCUACAGCCUUAUAGCACUCGAAAAAAAUUCAGAGUAGGCCAAAUGUGUGGCCAUAUCUAAGCGGCCGUCCACCCCUAUCCCCCUGCUGGUGGAAGUAACCAACAUCAUCAGCACGCAUGUACACCAGCCUAAUAAUUGGUGCAAGAGAUCUGAGAUCUGUCUGCAUACACUCACCUGUAAAUAGUCCGCAAGUUCAUCUACACACCUAAUACUUGCUUAUCCUUGUCGGCAAUCUCUAAGAUGCCGACAAGUAACAACCACUUGGCUGCAAGUGGAGAUAUGACUUACGGUGCAUACAAAUCAAAAUCCCAAGGUCCAUCCGCAAACGUAAUUGUGUGCAACACCAAAACGUGUGGUAUGGCUGCAUUUAAGAAACCUGCAUAUUUACCAGCUGAAAUUGGUCACCAGCUGUAAAAGAGGCCCUGAUUGUCUUUAACCGUAUUGUGGUUAAAUACUGCAUUUGUCCUUAUCUGAGCCAUCUCAUGUCUUCAUACUGUAUAUUGCACAAUCAUUUUCAUGCCAGAUAUUACCUCUCCUUGUAGGACAGGAAAUGUUAUUAUGUGUUACCCAGAAAUCAGUAUACCAAAUCCUUUUAUGUAGAGAGAUUUAUAAUUUUUUUUUAUCAAGAUCACCAGAUUGCUUUCUUAAAAGAACAUAGAAAGCAGAUUUGCAAAACUCCAAUUUAGAGUUAAUCCACGUUCUAAACCACAGGAAAGUUUUGUAGAUAAUAUAUAGUAGUACACUAGUAUUUUAGAAGCCUGCCACUGCCUAGUUUGCUCUUUGUUUUCAUAUAAUCAUUAGCCCCCGGAGGUGAUGUUUGUGACUGUGAACCUGUAAAUAACACAAGAUAAAUUGCUCACUUUCUCUCAUUCCAGUUCUUUAAUGCAAUAAUGAAAGAACAGCUUGCAUGUUCUGUAAAGAAGAGGAGACUGAUUUGAUUAGUUUUGGACUGAAAAUAUCAUAAAUUUGUAUUACUGUCAAAGUUAAUUUACAUUUCAGUUUCUGCUCUUUCAUGGAAAAUAAAAUGUUUAUUCCCAGUGAUAA